GACAAUGAAGUUAUGGGAUAGCCUGACCACUUGUUUGAUACUGCUGAGUGCCGUGCACGCCAGUCGGCUGCUCCGGAACCGACCGCAGUCCACGUCCACCAAGAGGAGAGGGCGCGCCGCCGACAGUCCCCUGGAACUCCCGCCGGUUCAGAUUCGCCUGUCUGUCACUUCCCCGGACAUAAGCCGCGCUGAGGCGGAUACAGCGGACUGGGCAGAGACUCUGGCUGAAGGAGAAACAUACACCAUGGAGGAACCAACCCCGAACGAGUUUGAAGACAUAGUGGAUUUGAUCAAAGUGACCAUCGGUAGAACACGUCGCACCUCCUCAUCCACCGUGUCCUCAUCUAGCUCCUCCACCACCUCCUCCGCCUCCAAAGAAGACCUGAGCAGCAGGGCUCGACACAGAAGGGAGAGGAAGAAGGUUGCGAGCCAGAAGAGUGGAGGAGGAAGAGGAAGAGCUAGAGGAGGGGAGACAGGGAGGAAGGUUAGGGGAGGAGGAGGUAACGGACGAGGGCAGGGCUGUGUGCUUAAACGGAUGCACCUCAAUGUGACGGACCUCGGUCUGGGUUACAGCUCCAGCGAGGAAAUGAUAUUCAGGUACUGCUCCGGACCCUGCAGGAAGUCCGAGACCAACUACGACAAAAUCCUUCACAACCUCGCUCACAACAGGAGGUUUCCUCCUAAAGACGCGCCCCCUCAGGCUUGCUGUCGGCCAAUAGCGUUUGACGAUGACCUCUCGUUUCUGGACGACAACCUGGUCUACCACAUCGUGAGGAAGCACUCUGCAAGGAAAUGUGGUUGCGUGUAG